AUGGCCGAUUUACUGAAGAAGGUCAAAAGCAAACUGUUCAAACACAAAAAAGCCAAAAAGGAACGGAAUGAGGUAGGGGAUUUGGAGAUUUUGGAAUGUGGAAGUUGAGUGGAAGAUUUGUAAUGUAUUUUGCACUGAAAAUCUUCCACUCAACUUCCAUUUUUAAAAUGUUUUAAAAUGGCCUAAAAACACGAUUUUGACUAUUUUUGGAAGUGGAAAUUUACAAGAGCAUCAAAAGACCAUUUUGAACCCUAAAAUUAACUUUCAAUAGCCUCAAUCAGAAAAAAACCUUUUCUUAUCAAAAAACCAAAUUUUAAAAAAUGGAAGUUGAGUGGAAGAUUUGUAAUGUAUUUUGCACUGAAAAUCUUCCACCAAAUUUCCACUUCCAAAAAUAGUCAAAAUCGUGUUUUUAUGCAAUUUUAAUGCAUUUUAAAAAUAGAAGUUGAGUGGAAUAUUUGCAGUGCAAAAUACAUUACAAAUCUUCCACUCAACUUCCACCUUUUAAAAAGUGUCAUUUCUUGUUCUGUAACGACAGUUCUUGCUGUUUUACAUUCUGUAGAGAAAGUUCUGGCUUAAUCUGACGCUUCAAACCAUAUUUCUAGUCAAAAACUAGAAAACAAAAAAAAAACUGAUGUGUUUUGAAAAUGGAAGUUGAGUGGAAGAUUUUUAAUGCAAAAUACAUUACAAAUCUUCCACUCAACUUCCAUUUUUUAAAAUUUGGUUUUUUGAUAAGAAAAGGUUUUUUUCUGAUUGAGGCUAUUGAAAGUUAAUUUUAGGGUUCAAAAUGGUCUUUUGAUGCUCUUGUAGGCCUCAAAAUGUCCUUUUAGGCUGUAUGUUGUGACUUUUAUCCUUUAAAAAUGACAUUUUUCGCGAAAAAUUACAGCUUUUUUGCCCAAUUUCAGAUAAAAACCUCCACUCCACAAAUUAACCGCACCGCUGUCCGUCUGAUCCGUGAGUACGAAGAUGUUCGAUCUAAAGUCGAAACCCCAAAGAAGUAUUCGCAGCUCUUCAAGCCGGCUACAGUACGACGACUGAAAACCAAAUCCGUGGCUAUGGGAGAGGACCUGGACUACGUCGACUCGGAUUCUGAUGACUAUUCUUUUGUUCGUAAUUCAGCCAAAAGAGUAUCGUUCAAUCCACAUGUUCGUGAUGAUGAAGUUGAUGCUCUGAGAGCCAAGUACUACGUAGGUUGAAAUUUGAAUUUUAGCUUUGGCGGGUAAAUUUGGAAGUGGGUUUUAGGACUUUUGAAUGGGCUAAAAUUGAAUUAAAAGUGCUUCUAUAUGUUCAACAUUACUUAAAAUGGCAUUUUUUAAAAAUUUUUUGAAUUUUUGUUUUGGCGCCAAAUUUGGCGUUGUGUUUCAGAACGUUGCUUCAACGUAAAAUGAUAGUAUAAUUUUGGAAAUAUCUUUAUUGAAAUUCAAAAUCGUAAAAAAUGUUGUUUUCCUCAUCUUUUUGAUAUAAUUUCUGGUUUCAGAAGCUAGAAAGGGACUUUGCCGUAGCUCAACGACAACUUCAAAACAAUACACGAAGAAGCAUCCGAUUCCAGAGGUUGUACAAAGCUGAAAAGGAAAAUAAGAGACAUUUGGAGGUAAGUUGGUAUUAUUUAUUAUUGAUUUCGGUUGAUAAUUUCAGUUUUUAAAUUUUUUUUUUGUUUUUUGGCGGGAAAAUGAGAAUUUGAAAAUUUUGUUAUAAUUUUUGAGAUUUUGGUUUAAAAUUGUAUUUUUAUGUAUGUUUUAGAAGGGUUUAGUUAUUCUUGGUAUUUAAGCUUCAUGCCUUGGGCUAUAAUUUUGAAUUUUGGCGGGAAUUUAAAAUUUCAAAUUUUCAGCGAGAAAACAAACUGCUAAAGAAGAGUUUUGUGGACCUCGUGGACCGGACCUUUAAUCAAUCCGAUUCAUCGAUGGAAUUCUAUGAAACGGCGAACACAACUUGCACGGCUGGAGCUCCAGAAGGCAUGGUAGACGCGAAUGUGAGCGAGACCCUGUUACAACUAUAG